GAAAUAAGAAAAGUUUGCUGGUAACAAAAAAACGAAAACUCCUUUUCACUUUUCAACAAAACAGCAUUCUUCAAAUUCACUUAAUAAGGAUAUUAAUAUCUUUUUAUGAAUCACUCCUUAUAGUUAAACAUUUUUGAUAUGUUUUUAUUUCUGUAACACUUUUACUUAAUAUUCUUCUUCAAACUGACUAUUUUGAGCUUUACUGUUAUUUAAUGAAUGUUAAGCAAUAGUUUGAUUUUUGAAUUUCAGAAAAUGAGUUUUUUAUCCCCCUACAUACAGUCACUGUUCUUCUCUUUAAAUACUGGUUUCGACCCUGAACAAAAAUUUAUAAAAGGUAUAUUUCUUGAUACAGAAAGUAUCAGUUCCCUUUUACCUCCUGGAUACAAUGGGUCUCAACAAUGGUAUUCUCAAGCAGUGUCUGAUCUGAGACUGGUAUUCAACGAUGUCAAGAAGAAUUUGACGAAAGAUCUGGUAAAUUCUGGUAUAAAGGAGGGUGUUUUCUCCUGGGCUUUACCAGAUGCUGUCAUGGAGAAUAUUCUGGAACUUUUAUUCUCUGGAAGUGAUCUUGAUCUAAUAGAGUUUAUACUUCUUAUCUCACCCUACCUGGAGAGAUCACUUGGCAAUUUAGUCCAAGCAUUACUAGUAAGUGAAAGUAAUGUUGGAGACCUUGAUGUUUGUCAAGAUAGCUUGAAUCAAAGAACUAGGGUUCAAAUCCCUUCUUUAAUGAAGGAUUUGGUUUGUUUGCCAGAACUAGAACUAUUUCUUGGUGAAACUUUAAUCAGACUACUUCAGAUUCUAGUUGGGUCGCCUUUAUCCCUGAAUGUUAGAAAUCUGGCCUGGCACGGUUUCCUCCAACCUGGAGAAAUCCCUCCGAACCUUCCUCCAGUCAUAGUUUCAUUAAUAGCGUCAAUUGGAGGAGUUAUAAAGGACAAGAGUUUGACAAUAAAUAGUCGAAGCUUGAACAGUAUUGAUAAAAUUCACAAUAUUCAAGAAUCCUUGCCGCAACUCAUUCUUUAUACACAAACAGAGCUGGAAGAGGAGUCAAUGGUGGAAUCUUUGCACCCUGGACAGAAACUUAUUUUACUCAGUAUCCUGGAGAGCUUUCAUGAGAGAAGGAUGUUAAGAUGUUUACUGUUUGCUCUUCCUCUUUUAGAAUCAAUUCUUAGGAGUAAAUUUGUUGCAGUUAACAGCUGUACUAUCAGACUGAUCACAGCUGAAGCAACAGAACUUUAUACAAAGUUUACUGAAAUGUUUAGCCCCAACAUGGAGGAUGGAAAAAGAAAUCUUCUGAUAGAACAUCUAGGAUCUGGGAUUAUGGAACUUUUCAUGGAUUUAUUUGUAUUACCAGAAGGCCCUCGUUUACGGGACAGGAUUAGUCAUGGAGAAGUUGACCUACCUAGCCCGCCUUGCUCUGGUAAAUCAAUCGAUGAAGCAUGUUCCAUAGUUUUACAUCUUAUCCUUAAUGUUCUUCAUAUAGACCAAGAGAAUGGAUUGAAAAAAACAACUUCUAGUAAAUGGACCAAAUUUCUCCACUACAGAUCCCUUUUUCAUCCAAUUUUGAUCCAAAAUCUUGACACAUCCAACCGAUUGGUAGCAACACUCUUCCGAAUAUUUAAAUCACACAAGAUAACAUACAAGUCUCUAACUUGUGACAACAAAGUUUCGACCGAUUCUACAUUUUCACUUGAAGAAAGUUUUAAGGAAGAAAAUUUUGCGGAUUUUUCGAAAUGUCUUCUCGCGCUAAAACCCGCCAUUUUGCAUAGACCACGUGAUGAAAUAGAACUGGUGACAUCUGUUGGUUUAGUUGUUGAUGCAGCUACUUUAACAUCUAAUAACGCUGCUGUCACACUGCAGUACAAAUCAGUAGAUUUUCUGGCCAAAAAAAUGAGAUCCCGGCAGCGAGCAACCUACGGCAGGAUGAUGGAGACGUUCCCAGGUUUGAUCCAGGUCCUCUUCUCUACACUGCAGUUUAUCCAUCUCUUACUUAGAAACCUGAACUCAACAAGUCAUAAACUAUAUUUAAAGAGGUUAAAGAGUCUUCUGACGAACCUCCAGAAUCUGGCCUCCUUGACCUCACUGGAGAAGAAUAAAUGGGAGGUCGUCCUUGUACACAUCAUACAGAUUCAGGAAGUCCUUGAAAUGAAUUCCCCAGAUUAGGGGUACAUUCUGAAGAAGCAUGAUCUCUUUUAGACCUUGUAAGGAACAAGUCUAAUACAGUUGUAUUUCUAUUCUAUUUAAAAACUUAAGAUUCCCAAUACAUAAUGUCCCCCCUUUUAACA